AUGUUCACAGAUGUAUCAGGAUUUACCAAUUUGACAGAGAGUCUUUCAAAAUUAGGAAAUGAAGGACCAGAAUUAACAGCCUUUGUAAUUAAUAGAUAUAUGGAAUUACUAGUAAAAGCAAUUAGUUAAAGUGGAGGUGAUAUAUUAAAGUUUGCAGGAGGUUAAAAUUUCUAUAAAUUCUAGAUGCAAUGAUUGUAGUAUGGCCUCCUUCUUAUAAAACAGAUAUUGUAUAGGUACAUGAAGAUCUACGUCUAACUUGUAGAAUGGCUCUUUAAAAUGCAUUGGAUAUACAAAAUAAAUUAAAUGAUACAUGCAUUUUGCCAGAUUUAAAAUUAUCAGUCAAAAUAGGAUUUGGAAUUGGGGAUAUUAAUAUAAUAUAUGUAGGAGGAGUUUACAAUCGAUCUGAAUAUUUAGCUACAGGAGAACCAUUAUUGUAAGCAUUUUAAAGUGAACAUUGUGCAACAAAAGGAGGAGAAACAAUAAUUUCUAAGGAAGUAUAUGAAUUUGUAAAGGAUUACUUCUCAUUUGAAACAAUUAAUCAUGAAAAUAAAUAGUUUUAUCUUGUAAAGAAAUUGAAUGCUUACAGUAAAGUUAAAUUAAAAGCAGAGGCGACUCUAAUUAAAAAUUCAAUAAUUUUAAAUCCUAAAAUUUAAUAAUAAUUAGCUAUGUUUGUCCCUGCAGCACUUAAACCAUAUAUGGAAAUAGGAUUAGAAAGAUGGGGUAGUGAAUUAAGAAGAGUAACUACAAUGUUCAUCAAUUUAAGUAUAGAUUUAUCUGAUGCAAAAACAGAUUCAGGUCUAUAGAGAAUAUAAAAUGUAAUUAAAACUGUUCAAUAUUGUGUCUAUACAUUUGAAGGUUCUUUAAAUAAAUUAUUAAUGGAUGAUAAAGGUUCUACUUGUAUAGCUGUAUUUGGAUUACCACCUGUUAGUCAUCAAAAUGAUCCAGUGAGAGCCAUUUAAUCAGCAUUUUUAUUAGAAUCAGAAUUAAAAAAGAUCAAAUGCAAAGUUGCAAUUGGGAUUUCAACUGGAAUAGCAUAUUGUGGAGUUGUAGGGACUUCAGGGAGUAGAAGAGAAUAUUCUGUAUUAGGAGAUUGUGUUAAUUUGGCUGCUAGAUUAAUGUAAAUAGCAACAUAACCUUUUUCACCUUGUAUUUUAAUAGAUUAAACAAGUGCAAGUGAUGCUUAGACUAAGAUUUAAUCUGUAUUUUGGAGUGAAAGGAAAGUAAAAGGAAAAGAAAAAGGAGUAUUUAUAUAUGAACCUUUAAUUGUGUAAGAGGAUUUUAAAAAAAUUAAAGAUAUCAAUACUCAUCUUGAAUUUAGAAUGAUGAAUACAUAAUCAAUUGCUAGUUUAUCUAAUUUUAGUUCUACUUUUUCAUCAAAAUCACUUUAAUAUCAUAAUAAUUUAUCAUCAAUUAUAGUGUUUGAUAAAUAUCAUAGUCAUUGUAGAGAAUAUGAUGAGGAACUUUAACCAGUUGGUAGAAAAUAAGAAAUUAAUUAAAUAAAGAAUUUUAUUCAAAAAUUUUUAGAUGAAUUCAAAAAAAAUAAAUAUGUUUAAAAUAGAUUAGUAUUAAUAAAGGGUGAAUAUGGGAUUGGUAAAUCAUUUUUAGCUAAAACAGUAUUAAAAAAUAUUGAUGCUUUAUAAAAUAAAGAAGCCUUAUUGGAGAUAAUGAUAUCAUCAUUAAAUCCAUCUAGUAGAUCAAAAUUAUUGAAUUCAAUAAAAAUAAUUUUAAGAAAUAUUUUUCUUUCUUAUGCUUAAAGAUUAAAUAAAGCUGCAAAUGUUGAAUUAAUUUAAUAAAUUUAUUAAUGUGAUUCACAUUUAGCUAAUAUAAUUAGUUAAGUAUUGAGUCUUACUGUUAAUGAUAUUAAAGCCAAUACAAUUAGAGAAGAUUUAACUUUAGCAAAAUCAAUUAAAAAAUUUGUUUAUAGAUUAAUUAGUUUAUAUUUAGAAUAAGAAUAAGGAUAACUUAGAAAUGAAAUAUAAAAUGAGGAUUAAAUAUAAGAAUACUAUUCUUAAGCAUUAAUAAUAAUGAUAGAUGAUAUGUAAGAUACCGAUGAUGGAUCAUUAUAUCUUUUAAAAUCUAUACUUAAAAAUUUUAAAAAUAUUUUAGUUAUUGGUUGUAUUAGGAAUAAAUUUAAGGAAUUUUCCUUUUUUUAUAAUAAUAAUAAUUAAUCUGAAUGUUAAUCAGAGUUUUUAAAUAAAAUGAUUAAAUAGCAAUAAAACAAUAUGACUAUAAAUUUAAAGGGUUUAAAGUAGUCUGAUUAAUUGUAGGAUUUAUUUGAAAAAUAUUUCAAGAUAAAAUCUUUUGUUUGUAUGGAAGAAGAUUAAAAAAAUUAAGAAUAAACUAUGUUUGCACGUAGAAAAAGAACAUAAUCUAUAGAUGAUAUUUAUGAAAUGGUUGAAUUACUAAAAAAAAUUAGAGAUCCAUUAAUGUUUUGGGAGUCAAAGCCUGAAUUAGAAGUGAUGGAUUUUAAUUCUGUAUGUAUCAAUUAUUUAUAUGUGAUAACAUGUGGUCAUCCAUUAAAAAUGAUCUAUUUAAUGAAACAUUUAUUAGAAAAUCAUUAUAUAAUACUAGAUGAAUAAAGAAAUUUAGGAAUGGCUUCAAAAAAGUUUCGUACACUUAUUAAACAUGAAGAAUGGUUAGAUAUUGAUACUCCUUUAAUGGCUGUUUAAAUUAAUGGUCCUUAUAUUGAUAAAUUAACUGCAAUAUAAUAAUUAAUAUUAAAAUAAGCUUGUGUAAUAGGAGAUAUAUUUGAUAUAUAGACAUUAAAUUAUGUUAAUCCAUUUAAAGAUUUUAUUAAAUAAAAACUGUUAAUAAAUGAAUUAAAUUCUCUUUAUGAAUAAGGUCUAUUAGAUAUAAUGAAUAUGGAAGUUGAAAAUAUUUAUUAUAGAUUUUCUUAUUCAUUUUUUAGAGAAACAAUUUAUUAGAGAAUGACUUAUGCAUAAAGAAGAUAAGCUCAUAAAAAUGUAGCUUUGGCAUUAUAGAAAAUUCCUUAACCAUUUGAUUAUCAUAAUAAUAAAGAAUAUACAAGAAUGUAAUAUCAUUGGACAUAAGCAUAAAAUAGAAAUUCAGUUAUUGUAGAUGAAGGUACUUUAUUACCAAAAUUGACACUUUUUGAAAAGAAAUAAUUGAUAAUAAAAAAGAUUAAAUAAUUAUUAGAUUAAAAUAGAAGAAAUGUUCUAUUGAAAUCUGGAUACAUUAAUAAAAGAUCUGAAAAAGGUUUAUAAUGGAAUUGGAGAUUUUGUGUAAUAUCAAGUGAAUGUUUAAUGUAAAUAAAUUUAUAAUAAAUUUAGUGUUUCGUAAGAGGAUGAUAAUCCUGAACAUAUUUUAACUGUUUAUUUAAAACAUAUUCAAUUAAUAGAGAGAGAGUUUAACUCUUAAUAUUUUACUUUAACAAUUACUACUUCUUAAUGGAGUAGAGGAAAUUAAGUAUUUGAGAAUUAUAGAAAAGUUUAUUUUGCACUUGAAACAGAAGAUGAAUUGAAUGAAUGGGUUACAUAUCUAGAAUUUGCAAAAGCUUAUGCUAUUUAUAUGGAUUUUGUAAAUAAUUUUGGGAGAAUAUCAUUUCCAUUAUCAUCAAAUGAAUAUGAUUUUUAAUUAAAAAGCGAAUUAUAACAUGAUAAUAGAAGAAUUGCAAGAUUAGGUUUGAUAGAUUCUAAUAUGGGAAUUGAGAAAAUGUAAGUAAGACAUACUAAAGCAUCUACAAGCAGACCUACAAUGUAAAGAAAACAUAAACCAAGAAAGUCAAGUUUGUUUGCUGAUGGAUAUAGAGGAAGUACUUCAAGUUCUUAAUAGAAUACUUCAUUAUGUAUGUUGAUUUUAUAGUAUAAUAUAGAAUAGCAGAAAGGAUAUGAUUAAUCAGAAUUAGUAUUGAAUAUUAAGACUUUACUAUUAAAUGCCUAGUUGUAAUUAUUAGCUCUCAUAGUGAAUAAGGCUACUUGUUAAAAAUAGAUUAUUUUGGGAUAAAAACUCUUUUGA